AUGGAUUUAGAUCUGGAUGGACCCACUCUGGAUGGACCCACUCUGGAUGGACCCACUCUGGAUAGACCCACUCUGGAUAGACCCACUCUGGAUGGACCCACUCUGGAUGGACCCACUCUGGAUGGACCCACUCUGGACAGACCCACUCUGGACGGACCCACUCUGGAUGGACCCACUCUGGAUGGACCCACUCUGGACAGACCCACUCUGGAUGGACCCACUCUGGAUGGACCCACUCUGGAUAGACCCACUCUGGAUGGACCCACUCUGGAUGGACCCACUCUGGACAGACCCACUCUGGAUGGACCCACUCUGGAUAGACCCACUCUGGAUAGACCCACUCUGGAUGGACCCACUCUGGAUGGACCCACUCUGGAUAGACCCACUCUGGACGGACCCACUCUGGACAGACCCACUCUGGACAGACCCACUCUGGAUAGACCCACUCUGGAUGGACCCACUCUGGAUAGACCCACUCUGGAUAGACCCACUCUGGAUAGACCCACUCUGGACAGACCCACUCUGGAUAGACCCACUCUGGAUGGACCCACUCUGGACAGACCCACUCUGGACAGACCCACUCUGGAUGGACCCACUCUGGAUGGACCCACUCUGGACAGACCCACUCUGGAUAGACCCACUCUGGAUGGACCCACUCUGGAUAGACCCACUCUGGAUGGACCCACUCUGGAUGGACCCACUCUGGACAGACCCACUCUGGAUGGACCCACUCUGGAUAGACCCACUCUGGAUAGACCCACUCUGGAUAGACCCACUCUGGAUGGACCCACUCUGGAUGGACCCACUCUGGAUGGACCCACUCUGGAUAGACCCACUCUGGACGGACCCACUCUGGACAGACCCACUCUGGACAGACCCACUCUGGAUAGACCCACUCUGGAUGGACCCACUCUGGAUAGACCCACUCUGGAUAGACCCACUCUGGAUAGACCCACUCUGGAUAGACCCACUCCAGGGUGGGUGCUGCGGGGGAGCUGCAGAGGGGGUGCUGCAGGGGGGGUGCUGCAGGGGGUGUGCUGCAGGGGUGUGCUGCAGGGGAGGAUGCUGCAGGGGUGGUGCUGCAGGGGGUGCAGGGGGUGCUGCAGGGGGAUGCUGCAGGGAUGGAAUGCUGCAGGGGGAAUGCUGCAGGGGGGUGCUGCUGCAGGGGAGGAUGCUGCAAGGGGGUUCUGCAGGGGGUGCUGCAGGGGGGGGUGCUGCAGGGGAAGGAUGCUGCAGAUUGGUGAAUGCUACUGCAGGGUGAAUGCUACUGCAGGGUGA